AUGGAAAGAAGAAGUUUAUCAUCUGAUUAUCAGAAAUAUGUUACAUUAUGUGAACUAGGACUUACAUUAGAUUCUUUAGUGAAAAGAUUAAAUACUUAUGAAGUAUUGCUCAAAGGUAAAGUCUAA